UCCGGGGAGGAGGAAAAGGGGCGGAGCCUGGGAAGGUGCGGUCCCCGGGGUGUAAGGAUCGUAAGGAAUGAUGGAGGGGGCUCGUCCGGGAUCAGAGAUGUCUCAGGGGUUGUUGUGUUUCACCUGCAAUACUCCGACUACCAGCAGCGCCUGUAACCAACCGACCAACUGCUCCGCCUUGUCCUCCAAAUUUGCUUUCUGCAAAACCAACCUGGUGUCACCGGAUGUGGGUUUCCCGUUCACCGGAUCUGAGCAGGUGUACAGACAGUGCGCAGAGAAGUGUGACCCCACGGGGCAGAACUGGCUGGGGGUGACCCGGAAAGUCCUGUGCUGCAACUUAGACCUAUGCAACCGCAACGGAAUUAAAGACGGCUCCAGCAGCUCCGCCGCAGAUGCAGGAACAAUGCAGGAAUGCAGCCAUAACACCGCCACAACGUCCGCACUGAACCUCUUAACCACCAUAGUGCUUGUAUUAUCUGCUGUGAAUUAUUCAAUAUAGUAAAUGCCUAA